AUGCACCUUGCAGGAGGCCGGGGGAGCUUUCAAAGCCGUGGUGGUGGCCGCGGUGGCUCAGCAGCAGCGGCCCACAAAUCUGCCCCUGCGCCGGUGAAGCGCUCUGUCGUUCCCGCCUUCCCAGUUAUAGCUCGCGGGGCUGGGCCCGUUGCACCGAAGACCCCAUCUGCGCAUCUUACUUCUCGCCAGCCGACGAAGCAGCGGCAAGGGCUGCAAGGCAGCCCAAGCAUGCAUGAUGACGGCGACGACACCCCGCCGGUGGUGAUGAGUGCACGUCGCGGAGCGGCCAAAGAAGAGAACGGCGGCUUCAUCCCACCUAGCUCGCCGCCGCUGCAGCGCGGCCGUGGGCGAGGCGACGGGCGUGGUGGCUUCCGUGGUGGCACCUCUGCGUCUUCCUCCGUCUUCUCGUCUAGUGGCCGCGGAUAUGGUGGCUCCCCGCGUCCCCUGCGCCGCGGUGGGCAUGACCACACUGCUUCUCGCCAUGGUGAGGGGGAAUACAAUAGCGACGAGGAGGCAGGCUUCAAUUCGAGCGCAGCUAAAGGUGGCGGCCGCACACGCGUCAUCACCACCGUCACCGCCAGCGGCACGGAGCUGCCUAAGAAGCUCAACACCAAAGUCUUUAUCGAUGGCCUGCCGUACACGUACGCCACCGAGCCUGGAAAGCCCACGCUGGAGGAAGAGGUACUACAGUUCGCGUCGGCGUGGAAGGUUGGCAAGCCACUGCGUCUCAUCAAGAAGCCUGGGCAGGGCUUUGGCUUCCUCGUGCUUCAGUCCCCUAAUAGCGUGUCCACUGCCGUGCGAGUGCUGAAUGGUCGAAAGUUUCUCGGCCGCACCCUCCGCGUCGAGGAGCCGAAGCCAAAGGACUUGGAGAAGAUAAAGGACAUCGCCGGGAUGAAAGACAUGGGCAAGGACAGCUUCACACGACAGGUGCUGCUAACGGACUUGGCCAAGGUGGCUCAGCCAGAGAUCAUCCGCGAGGUGCUGCGCGACGUAGCUCCGCAGCUGGAAAAGAAGCUGGAGGCGAUUAAGAUGACCUCGCAGAACCGUAAGGCUUUCCUGACCUUCGCGACAGAGGCGGAGGUGGCGCCAGCCAUCACCUUCCUCGACGGUUUCCACCUCCUUGGGCGACGCAUCAGUGCCACCAAGGCUGCGGCACCCGGCUCGCUGCCUUACUCACACGGUGCCGCCAGGCCGUCAUGCGCGGCAGGCGGCCUUGUUGGCAGGAGCGCCGCUGUUGCCUCGCCCGCCGCCAGGGGGUCUGUGGCUGCAGAGGCCGAGGACGAUGAGGAACUCGCCAUCAUGCCGCUUGGCUUGGAGCCAGCCAAGGUGGCCUCUGCUGCGUUUUCAUCUGCUGCGACUCGUCGUUGCAUGCCAGUCGAAAAUGCAUCCGCUCUUGCCACCGGCACCGGCAGUAACGUCACUGGGCGGACGGAGAAGUACAACCUUCUCGACGACGGCCCCAAAGACAUCUACGUGGGGAACGUCGGCGAGGAUGUGACGGAGGCGCAGCUGCGGCAGCACUUCGCACCGUGCGGGGCAAUCCGCAAGUGCGAGAUCCUCGUGCACCCAGAGACCCACCUAUCCACUGGUAUUGCUCGUGUCGAGUUUGCGCUACCAGCCUACGCUGCAUACGCUCAGGAGCGCUAUCAUGGCUCUCGUCUGCGCGGUUGCGUCCUGCGCGUGGACCGCGGCGGGACGGCGAGUGCGCCCCUCGUGGCGGAGUUGCCUCCUGCGGAGGCCGAGGACGACUACGACGAGGAGGCUUACAUGGAGCGCUACGGCGUGAAAGACAAGAGGAAGUACUUUAAGGGCACUUCGCUCGCGGCCGAGAUGGGCGCCGACCCCAACGCCGAUGGCGACGACAGCGACAUCGAGGACGCGCUUCUGGGACGUGACGCGAACGCCUCGGAAAAGAUGAAGGGCAAGCGCCGGCGUGGUGACGCCACAGCGGCGGCACCAGGGCCGGCAGCAGCAAAGCGCAAGCGCACCGAGGCGUCGGCGUCAAGGAGAAAGCCAGUAGCAGCCGCGGCUGUUGCCAACCGCAGCGACGAUGAGGACGACGAGGAGCACUUCUUCGAUGCGGACACCGUCCCAGUUGCAGCUGCCGAGGUCUCCGCCAGAGGCUCGUUUUAUUCCUCGAGCAAGAAGGUGGCGAAGAAGUCUGCCGCUGCCAAGGGGCGGCCCGGUAAAGGCAAUGUUAAGAAGGCGAAGGGGCGGUGA